AUGUCGUCCAAAAUGCUUACGAAAUGGGAUGGUUUCAAGUCAAGAUGGGAUGUUUUCCAAUCUCAUUCUCAUGAAUAUUGCCUUAAUAACGAACUCACUCCAUGGAUGAUAAAAACUUUGCAGAUUCUUAAGUUUCUGAUAUUUGUGAUGUCCCAUUUACUGUUGAUCUUUGGAGCAGCGACGUCCAAACUGGUGGUGAUCUUAUUAGCAACCAGUGUUGAUUUGAAAGCUCCCAGUAGUCACUUUGAAAAAAAGUGCUAUUUUGGAGAAGGAAAGGUGAGAAGCACAGAAGUAACGGUAUCUGUAGUUUUUGCCUUGUGGCUUAUUCAAAACGUGCCGGAUGUGUUGGCAAUCAUUCAAUCCCUCUAUAGGAUAUACAGAUAUCCGAAAGAACGGGAAGAUGCAUUAUUAAUGUUAUUUAUAAUGGAAUGUUGCCGAACCACAGGAGUAUCCAUUUUAUUUUUCCAUAUCUUUCCAUCGCUGGAUCCACUGCAUUGCUUGAUUCUAUCAGUCUCUGCGCUAUUCAUACCGCUAUAUCUCAAAAUCAAAAAACUAGUCCGCUGUUCUUUUGAUCCGAUGUGGACGUUGAAAAAGAGAUUGAAAUUACUGGUACGUUCGUGUAGUUAUUCAAUGCUCUUUUUGGUAGUAUUUGCUUCUUGCUACAUGUGGAGUAUAACUGCCGUACCCUUCUUCAAGUAUGUCGCAUUACCUGUUGGCUUGAUUUUAUCAUCCUUUGGCUUCUGGGAUUUAUGGGUCAACGAGGAACACUCUAUAUCGAGUUAUCGCUAUUUGUUUCAACUAAAAUAUGGAACGCGGAAAAUGAGUUCAAUGACACGAUUGAUAGUGUCAGUGCUGCGCAUAUUGACUUCGAGUGCUAUCGUAUGGAUUGUCAGGCUCCGAUAUUUACCAUUUAAAGCUAUGAAAAAAUCGUUGCUUGAAAAUAUGUCCGCCUCAGAAAGCACCACUACUUUAUAUACUCUCGCUCUGUGGAUCAUUUUCCUGAAUUUCGUUUUGAGAUUUAUAUCACGCCUGUUGUCAGCAAUGUCAAUGAGGAUCAUAGCAAUACUGCAUCCAUUCUUCAUCGUUAUACCACUGCUUGCUUUGAUCUUCAUUGGAACGUGCUUCAUCACUCCUGCAUGCUCCAUUCGCGGAUAUUUAUCUAUUUAUGACUUACGAUGGCAUUGUUUAACUUGGAAGGAGUCGCAAAAGUCGUUGCCGGAGACAUGCUUUGGUGCUGUUUGGUUGAUAGCUUAUUCAUGUUGGGCUUACCAGCAUGUUAAGGCACCUAAUUUUAGUGCUGACGACGAUAUAUUUGAUACAAUCACAACUGUAUUGAACGGAUUGAUGAUCGAACAGUCGCUAGUAAUAUAUCGGGUUUCAUUCAAUAGAAAGAAAAUGGACGGUGAUCGUCGGUCUCCAGAGGGAGUAAAUAUUGAUGCUAGCGACCUUCGAAUAAUCAAUGAUGAAAUUGAUAAAACUGUGACGUUAUACAUUUGUUCGACUAUGUGGCACGAGACAAGAAUUGAAAUGAUGCAAAUGCUAAAAUCUAUUAUAAAGCUUGACAAAGAACACUCCCUCAUGUUGAUAGAAAGACGACGUUCGCAUGAUAUCAAAUAUAAGUUGGAAGCACAUAUCUUCUUCGACGAUGCUUGGGAAGAUCAGAUAGAAUGUGGUCGCACUCCGAACGGCUUUUUUCAAACCUUUUUUCAUCUCUUAUUGGAAUUGACACAAAAUGAAAGCAUCGAAAAGAAAAGUGUUGCGAAUGACCGUGUACUCGUUAAUACUGCUUAUGGUGGAAGGUUGGUAGUGCGUCUACCAGCAGGCACAUUACUCUUUGUCCAUCUGAAGGAUAAGCAACUUGUUCGCCAUAAGAAACGUUGGUCACAGGUGAUGUACUUGUACUACUUGCUUGGUCACCGGAUCAUGGAUUCUCAUAUGAGUGUGGAGGAUCGUCAACUUGAGGCGGAUAACACAUAUAUUUUGGCUAUUGAUGGGGAUUCCAAGUUUGAACCAUCGGCAGUGAUGAAGUUGCUUAGACUGAUGAAUGUAAAGAAUGAGAUCGGUUGUGCUUGUGGGCGGAUUCAUCCCAUUGGCAAAGGCAUAAUGAUAUGGUAUCAAAAAUUUGAGUAUGCUAUUUCUCACUGGUUCCAGAAAGCCGCAGAACAUGUUUUCGGCUGUGUACUUUGCGCCCCCGGUUGCUUCUCACUUUUUCGCGCAUCUGCUUUGAUGGACGACAACGUCAUGCAUAAGUAUACGAAGACUGCCUCUGAGCCACGUCAUUUUGUUCAGUACGAUCAGGGUGAAGAUCGCUGGUUGUCAACACUGCUCCUGAAACAAGGCUACCGAAUUGAGUAUGCAGCUGUCGCAGACGCGGAAACGUAUGCACCUGAAAGUUUCCAUGAAUUUUUCAACCAACGACGUCGAUGGACUCCCUCUUCUAUAGCAAACACACUCGAUUUACUUGCCGACUAUAAACGCGUCUGUCAAAGCAACAACAAUAUAUCAAAAAUGUAUAUCUUAUAUCAGUCAAUGGUUAUUGGUUUUAGUCUCUUCUCUCCAAGUAUUGUAUUUACCAUGCUUGUCUAUGCUCAGGUAGCCACGUUUGAAGCUGAAUCGGACAAAAUGUUGCUAUACAACUCUUUACCAGUGUUUACUUUCAUUGUGCUCUGUUUUCUUGCCGAUUCGAAUUACCAGAUAAUUUUUGCCAAAUUUAUUUCUGUGGUGUAUGGCUUUGUGAUGCUUGCUGUCGCAGUGGCUACAAUCAACCAGAUAAUCCUUGAAACUGCUCUCUCUCCGACUCCAGUCUUCGUGCUCUGUAUGAUAAGCAUAUUCGUCCUGGCCGCAGUUCUACAUCCACAAGAAUUCCAUAACAUCUUCUACGGGCUUAUAUUCUUCCUGAUGAUACCAUGCACAUACAUUUUCAUGGCACUUUAUGCACUUAUUAAUUUGAACGUUAUAAACUGGGGCACUCGAGAAGCUGCUUCAGCUGCCAUUGGUAAACAUGCAAGUGAUACCGAAUUCCGUGAUUUAUUGCGGCGGUUAGGUUUUUUCAAAGUCAUUGAUAUUGUGCGAUCAGCACCAUCGUGGAAGUCUAUUGCUACUGCUGCCACUGCCACCACUACUGCUGUUGAAGUACAAGAACUUAAAAGAAAAGUUGCUAUUAUGGAAACAGAAAUUCAGGGACUUAAGGAGCGAAAUGUUUUCUCUUCUGUUCACCUCAAUACAAUGACAACAGCGCAUGAGAACUUUCCCAUCCUUUCAGUAACACAAGUUUUAUUGGAUAAUCAAAAGGAGCGAGACAAGGACAUUCUAUUUGUCUCAUCAUCUUCAACACCGUUUAAAACGUUGGUCUCGAGGGAAAAGAUGAACCGUUUUUUAUGGAUGGACACCGAAUAUCUCCAAAUUUGUAGUCGUGGAAGGUUGAACGCAGCGGAAGAUGAAUUCUGGAAUGGCAUGAUUGAACAAUAUCUCAAACCACUGGAAAUCACAGAGGAGGAAACGAGACGAGAUGUUGCUAAUUUAGCUAGUUUAAGAAAUCGGAUUGCAUUUUCACUUUUGAUUUUCAAUGGUUUGUUGGUUAUAGCAGUGUUUCUCAUGCAAAAGCACAAAGAAAUACUUUCGUUCCAAUAUAAACCGUACGAAGGUUUUGAGUGGUCAAAAUUAAGCAAGAAAACAGGAAAAUUUGAACUCACUGAUGAGCCACUGAAAGUUGAACCGAUUGGAUUGUUUAUCAUCGCAUUCUUGCUGAUAAUCUUGCUAGUCCAGACAUGCGGCAUGUUUGCUCACAGGAUUAAUACUUUGGUUGGCGCCUUCUAUGAGGUUUCAAAUAUGGAUGAUUUCGACUUCAGUAAUAAAAAUAUUGAAAAUGAGAAUGAAAUUAAGGAAAACGCUCAGCAGAUGUUUGAUGCAACGCUUUAUGACAACGCACACGGAACUGAUGGAUAUGUCCGCAUCCAUUCUGAUACGCAUGCAGCAUGCAAUGUUCUUUAUAGUCUUCAACGACCUGGACCGGUACAUCGAUCCGCAGUAUCACAGGUUUCAGUACUUUAG